AUGCAUAUACUAGGCCUUCUUAUCCUUUCAUGGCUGUCGACGGCCGUGCCUAUUCUAGACCAACCGCCAACCUCACCGCUUUUGAAUACUACCAUCCCGGGUACAAACUCUUCUACACUCGCGAUAAUUGAUUCUAGAUCUGCUAUGGCUCCCAAAACGCUGGGCCUGGCCCAGAACAAUACUGUAAAACUAGACCACCCUCCCGCCAUGGCAGAGGCUGCCGCCGAUAUGCUACAGAGUAAAGAUAACAAAGAGAUGCUAGGAAAAGACAGUGGCCACGGGACCUCAGUAGGCCAUUCAACCAGAGGAGACCCUAUCGGGCCCUCAUACUUUUUUACGGGCAGAAUGUUCAUUAAGUGCUUCCACAGACAGUAUAUACUGGACGGGACGCUUCCCCCAAACUUCGCAGCCGCAGCAUCACGAGGCAUACCCGCUUCGAGUUUUUGGAAAACCGAUGGCAAGGAACGUGUGGUAGCUAGCCGACAAACGGAGUGCCUAAAAUGCGAUUGCUCCGCUGAUGGGUUGAUUAUUAAAUCAUCCUCUCCCAUCAAAGCCGGCCGGAAGCGUAGAUAUUACCGUUGUUGUUAUUGCUACCACGAACUCGGGGCCCCAGAGCCUAAAGAAGGAGUUUCUCUUUCCGACCAUGGAAAAGCUAUCGGGAAACUUGGCCUUACGGAGAAAUUUGGCAACCCAAACUGGUUUUGGCCACCCAAUAGCAAGGAAACCCGCGUCUUUUGGCCCUCGCCACCCCUUCCAAAUGACCCAUAUAGAACAUUUCAGCUAGCUCCCGAUACGAAGGAGCCAUACCGGCUAGAGGGCCCUGAUCUUGAUUACCCCGACGAUUCGACUGAUCUUGGUUCGGGGAUUGGAGAUGGGUUUUCUAAAUUUGUCGAUUUUAAAUAUGGUCAAGAUUUUGGUUCUAGCUCAGGAGUCUGGAAAAGGGACAUUGGGAGCAAAUCCUCAGAUAGGAUGUUAGAUGAGAAAAGAACUGUGUAG